CCACACGCAUCAUCAUCACCCUAUCAAUCCGCCGCCACUGCUCGGCGGAGUUCACAUCUCGCCAUAAAUGCCCUUGCUGGAGGAGCUACAGAGUCUCAUCACUAACUUGAACCCCUAAAGCAAAAACCACAGGUCAAUGGCAAACUCCAACACCAGAAGAAACCCUCCAGCGGUUCCCUCAUCAACAGACGCUAAUUCAAUACCCAAAGUCCCGUACCCAAAGGAACUCAUCAGCUCGUACCGAAUAGCGUGGGAGUCUGACCCGGAUUUGCGAACCUUCGAUGCAAACCUCCAAGCACGGACGAACCAAGUCCUCAGCACUCUUGCUUCCGGGGUUGAUGUCCGAGCUCUCUCACUGGAUUCUCUGAAAGAGAUAACCGAGUGCCUCUUGGAGAUGAACCAGGAAGUUGUCGAAGUCAUCUUGGAUAGCAAGAAAGACAUCUGGAGAAAUCAAGAGCUGUUCGAGCUUGUUGAGGACUACUUCAAAGAUAGCUUGCGCACCCUCGAUUUCUGUGCUGCCCUUGAGAAUUGCUUGAAGCAUGCGCGCGAUGCCCAUUUGCCAAUUAUCGCUGCACUUCAUUGCUUCGAAGAAGGAGAUGGGGAGGGGCGUUACAGGUACAUUUACUCGAUGAUCUUGGAGGAACUGACAAAAUUCAAGGAGACCAGAGACCCUUUCCCCAAGGAGUUCUUCGAGAUCUUUCCGACGAUUUACAAGCAAAAGAGGUCCAUGCUCAAGAAGUUGCAAAUCAAGAAGAAUAAGAUUGAGAAGAAGCUCAAGAGCAUACAGAUGUGGAAGAAAAUCUCAAGCAUGAUACUGGUUGCAACUUUCGCAGCCAUUCUGAUCUUUUCGGUCAUGACUGCUGCGGUGGCUGCUCCGCCAGUCGUUGCUGCCCUAGUGGCUGCAACCGCCAUCCCCAUGGAUGCGAUUGGCAAGUGGAUUGACUCCCUUUGGAAGAAUUAUGAAAAUGCAUUGAAAGGUCAGGAGGAGGUGAUCACCUCAAUGCAAGCCGCUUCCUUUCGUGCUCUCAAGGACCUGGACAAAAUCAGAAGUAUGAUUGACCCUUUGGAGGUACAGAUCAAUGGCCUCUUGCAGAAAGCUGAUUUUCCGAUUGAGGAGGGAGCAGAAGAAGUAAAGCUCGGAAUAGCAGACAUCAAGAAGAAGCUGAGAGUAAUCAUGAAGGAGGUUGAAGGACUGGGAAAGCAAGUCGAUAUGUGUAGCCGCAAAAUCCAGAAAUCGAGGAUAGAGGUGCUUCAGAGGAUUAUAAAGCCCCCCACCAAUUGCAAUGGUGCCCCUAUUUUGCUAUAG